AUGGCCCCCGAUAAGAAGGAUAAGAAGCGCAAGGCCCCCGCCGUCAGCGAGCCGCCUACCAAAAAGACCAAGAAGGUCGAGGCCAAACCCGCCGAGGCUUCCAAGGAUGAUACUCCCAAGUCGAUUCUGAAGAAGAACGAGAAGAAGGCUGCCGAUAAGACUAAGAAGACCACCGUCGACGCCGCCCCGAAGACCAAUGGCCAAUCUGUUCGUCAGGCCAAGCCUCGCAAGCGCGCUGCUGAUUUCCUGAGCGACAACGAGGAGACUGCUCCCGCCCCCGCUGAGAAGAAGUCCGCCGGUAACAAGAAGUCCAAGAAGGAGGAACCCGUAUCUGCUGCCGCCAAGAAGGGCACUCCCAAGGCCAAGAAGGUCGAGGCAGUGGUUGAAGAGUCUGACGAGUCCGACGAUGAGGAUUUCUCUAUCGAUCCUGCCGCCUCCGACGACAGCGAGGAGGAAGAGGAGGACAUUGAGGAGGAGGAAGAGGAGGAUGACGAGGCCGAGGAUGACCAGACUGCUGCCCUUAUCAAGGGCUUCGAGAGCAGUGGUGACGAGGACGAGUCUGGAGAUGAGGGCUUCGAGUCCGGCAAGCCGGUCCCCAAGAUCCCAGACUCCAAAAAGGUCAAGCAAAAGCUCUUGAAGAAGCAGAAGAAGAACGCCGGCACCAACGAGGAGCCUGGUACCGUCUACAUUGGUCGCAUUCCCCACGGUUUCUACGAGCACGAAAUGCGCGCCUACUUCACCCAAUUCGGCGAGAUCACCCGUCUCCGUCUCUCUCGCAACCGUAUCACCGGUCGCUCCAAGCACUACGCCUUCGUUGAGUUCAGCUCUGUCACUGUCGCCAAGAUCGUCGCCGAGACCAUGGACAACUACCUCAUGUACGGCCACAUCCUGAAGUGCAAGUUCGUUCCUGCCGAGUCCCUCCACCCCGAGAUCUGGAAGGGCGCCAACCGCCGCUUCAAGAAGACCCCCUGGAACCGCAUUGAGAAGAAGCGUCUCGAACGUGGCAAGACCCGUGACCAGUGGACCGACCGCAUUGCCAAGGAGCAGAAGAAGCGUCUUUCCAAGGCCAAGAAGCUCAAGGAGCUUGGUUACGAGUUCAAUCUGCCCCAGCUCAAGGCUGUGGAGGAUGUUCCUAUUCAGGAGCCUAAGGCUAUCGAGGCUGCUGAGACCACCGAGACUCCCGCCGCCGCCGAAGAGCCUGUGAAGGCCGUUGAGCCCGCCCCUGCCGCCAAAGAAGAUACCCCCAAGAAGGCUAAGAAGGGCAAGAAGGUGGAGCAAGAGGCUAAGGAGGCUGUGACGGAAUCGCCUGCUGCUGAGCCCAAGAAGAAGGCCAAGAAGGCUGGCAAGACUAAGACCAAGGCGUAA